AUGGAUUUGAAUCAGCUAGAGGCUUUUCUCACCGCCCAAACCAAAAAACAAGGUGGCAUCACAUCAGAUCAAGCUGCAGUCAUUGCAAAGUUCUGGAAGAACCACCGAGUAAAGAUCCACGAGAGCCUGAUCAAUCAAAGCUGCUGGGAUAACGUCUUGAAAAGCAUGAACUGGCGAGUGGAUCUGAAGUCACAGUCACGACACAUCGACCAGAUAAACACUCCUGUUGCAAUAGUUGAAAUGGAACUGGGGAAAAACGGGCAGGAAUCGGAGUUUCUCUGUCUGGAGUUUGACGAGGCCAAGUUGAACCAGAUGCUGAAGAAACUCUCAGAAAUAGAGGAGAGUAUGACUUUGUUGACUCAGACCACUUAACCAAAUAAAGAGAUUGCAACUC